CAGGCCGCGUGCCAGGAUGCCGAGCCCGCUCUGGAGCCUGCCCGUGCUGCUGGGGCUGCUGCUGGGCCACCCCGCCGCUGCCCACGGGCCCUGCUGGGAGAGCCCCAAGUGCCAGGACCUCGCCACCGAGGCCGGUGUUUUGGCGUGCGCCAAGGCGUGCCGCGCGGACCUGUCGGCCGAGGCGCCCGUGUACCCGGGCAACGGGCACCUGCAGCCGCUCUCCGAGAGCGUCCGCAAGUACGUCAUGAGCCACUUCCGCUGGAACAAGUUCGGCCGCAGGAACAGCAGCAGCGGCGGCGGGCGCAAGCGGGAAGAGCUGCCGGCGGCGGUGGCAUCCCCCCCCGGUGCGUUGCCGGCCCGGCGAGGCGGCGGCGAGGAAGAGGAGGGCGCCGGGCCGGAGCGGGAGGAGAGCAAGCGCUCCUACUCCAUGGAGCACUUCCGCUGGGGAAAGCCGGUGGGCCGCAAGCGGAGACCCGUCAAGGUCUACCCCAACGGCGUGGAGGAGGAGUCCGCCGAGAGCUUCCCGCUGGAGUUCAGGCGGGAGCUGCCGGCCGACGGGAUGCUCCCCGCCGCGGAGGAGGAGGAGGAGGAGGAGGAAGGCGAGGCGGAGAAGAAGGACGGCGGCUCCUACCGCAUGAGCCACUUCCGCUGGCAGGCGCCCCUCAAGGACAAGCGCUACGGGGGCUUCAUGACCUCGGAGCACAGCCAGACCCCUCUAGUGACUCUUUUUAAAAACGCCAUCGUCAAAAACGCCUACAAAAAGGGCCAGUAAAGGGGCCGAGGGCGGCUCCCGCCCGCCGCGGCCCACCGUAGCUUUAGCAUCCCGCCGGCAUGUCCUUCCCCGUAGACCCAGAAACCGCCAAAACCACCCCCCACGUUGCUCCCGGCCGUCGCUCCAAGGCGGUUUUGCCCUCGGGCGGUGAUUUCGCCUCCGGGCCCCGGCGCGGGAGGCACCGGGCUCGGGGGGAGCCGCUGCCCCGGGGGCCGGGCGCUGGCGGCACCGGUGCUCUCGCCGAGCAGCCGCCGCUUCGGGGCGCGCGGGGUUAUUUUCGUAUUUCCACUGAGCUGUACA